GAGGCUGCCAGGAGGGGCACCGUGCCCGCCGCCGCCCCGCGCCGCGUGCCUCCGGGCUGGGCGCCCCACGCCGGGGAACGUGAGCCUGGGCGCGGGAGGCCGGGUCUCGCGAGGUGAGGAGGAAACGCUGGAGGAGGAGAGCAGGAGGAGGAGGAGGAGGAAAAGCAGGAGGAGGAGCGCCGAAGCUGCCCCCGCCCCGAUGAAGCCCGGCAGGAGCGCGAGGAAACCCUAGUCCCCCGCCCCGCGCCGCUCUCCCCGCCUCUCCCCACGCCUUCCGCCUUCACCUAGGGCCGUAGGUGCGACGCCGGAACCGGGCGGGAGCUGCCAGCAGCCGGAGCAGCGCCGCCGGGAGCCGCGAGCCGCAGCCGCCCCGCGCCCUCUCCCAAUCUUGCCGGGUCUCCGUUCCGCCGCCAGGAACUGCAAGGAGGCGUCAUGUAGCAGCAGCCGCAAACCCACCUCGGAUUUGCAACUCUUUUUUUUUUUUUUUUUUGGUGGGGCGGGGGGCGCGGCAAAAUUCUAUCACCGCCCCCGCUUUCUUGCCUAUUCCCAUUUGCAAGCUGCAUCUGCCUCUAAGAAAUUGAGGGGUUCAGGGUAGGGUGGGGAGCUGUAAAUCAGAGUUGGACCUGCAGCACCCCCGCACCUAGAAGGCCACCAUGACCGAGGAGAGCUCUGAGGUGCCCAGGGAAUUGAUAGAAAGCAUAAAGGAUGUUAUUGGCAGAAAGAUAAAGAUUGCACUGAAGAAGAAAGUAAAGUUGGAAGUGAAGGGAGACAAAGUUGAAAACAAAGUGCUGGUGCUUACAUCAUGCCGAGCCUUCCUUGUCACAGCACGAAUCCCCACCAAGCUCGAGGUAACCUUCAGCUACCUGGAGAUUCACGGUGUCCUGUGCAGCAAGCCAACUCAGAUGGUUGUGGAAACUGAGAAGUGCAGCAUCUCCCUGAAGAUGGCAUCACCUGAGGACGUGAGUGAGGUGCUGGCGCACAUCGGCACCAGCCUGCGGAAGAUCUUCCCUGGCUUCUCCCCAUUGAGAAUCAUGAAAAAAGUCUGCAUGGAGCCAUCUGAGCGACUGGCCAGUCUCCAGGCUCUGUGGGACAGCCAGACUGUGGCCGAGCAGGGCCCCUGUGGUGGAUUUUCUCAGAUGUAUGCCUGUGUUUGUGACUGGCUUGGAUUUUCAUACAGGGAAGAAGUACAAUGGGAUGUGGAUACAAUUUAUCUGACACAAGACACCAGGGAAUUGAAUUUACAAGACUUCAGUCAUCUUGACCACAGGGACCUAAUACCUAUCAUCGCUGCUCUGGAAUACAAUCAGUGGUUCACUAAGCUGUCCUCUAAGGAUCUAAAACUGUCCACUGAUGUCUGCGAACAGAUCUUGAGGGUGGUGAGUAGGUCCAAUCGACUGGAAGAACUGGUGUUGGAAAACGCUGGACUUAGAACAGAUUUUGCACAAAAGCUGGCCAGUGCUCUAGCACAUAAUCCCAACUCAGGACUCCAUACCAUUAACCUUGCUGGCAACCCACUGGAGGAUCGAGGUGUGUCGUCUUUAAGUAUUCAGUUUGCCAAACUCCCAAAGGGAUUAAAGCAUUUAAAUUUAUCUAAAACCUCAUUGUCACCUAAAGGGGUGAAUAGCCUUUCUCAGUCACUCAGUGCCAACCUGUUGACCGCCACCACUCUUAACCAUCUGGACCUCUCAGGGAACAUCCUUCGCGGAGAUGACCUCUCGUCCAUGUACAGUUUUUUGGCCCAGCCAAAUGCCAUUGCUCAUCUGGAUUUGUCCAAUACAGAAUGUUCCCUGGACAUGGUCUGUGGAGCUCUUCUCCGUGGCUGCCUUCAGUAUUUAGCUGUGCUCAAUCUCUCCAGAACUGUCUUUUCUCACCGGAAAGGAAAAGAAGCACCCCCAUCUUUCAAGCAGUUUUUUAGUAGUUCUCUGGCUCUGAUGCAAAUCAACCUUUCAGGCACAAAACUGUCUCCUGAGCCCUUAAAAGCGCUGUUAUUGGGCCUGGCUUGUAAUCAUAACUUGAAGAGAGUUUCUCUUGAUCUCAGCAACUGUGAGCUGAGAUCUGGAGGUGCGCAGGUAUUAGAAGGCUGCAUCGCCGAAAUCCACAACAUCACCAGCCUAGACAUCUCCGAUAAUGGUUUAGAAUCUGACCUAUCUACCCUAAUAGUGUGGCUCAGUAAAAACAGAUCCAUACAACACCUGGCGUUAGGCAAAAAUUUUAAUAAUAUGAAAUCCAAAAAUCUGACACCUGUGUUGGACAACUUAGUACAGAUGAUUCAAGAUGAAGAAUCACCUCUGCAGUCCUUGUCCCUGGCUGACUCGAAACUCAAGAACGAGGUCACCAUCAUCAUCAAUGCCCUGGGAAGCAACACCUCCCUGACCACAGUGGACAUCAGUGGGAAUGGCAUGGGGGACAUGGGGGCAAAGAUGCUGGCCAAAGCACUGCAGAUCAACACCAAGCUCAGGACUGUUAUAUGGGACAAGAACAACAUUACUGCCCAAGGCUUUCAAGAUAUAGCUGUUGCUAUGGAAAAGAACUACACGUUGAGAUUUAUGCCAAUUCCUAUGUAUGAUGCUUCUCAAGCCUUAAAAACAAACCCUGAAAAAACAGAAGAGGCUCUGCAGAAGAUAGAAAACUAUCUGCUCCGGAAUCACGAGACUAGAAAAUACCUUCAAGAGCAGGCCUACCGCCUACAGCAGGGCAUUGUCACCAGCACCACGCAGCAGAUGAUUGACAGAAUAUGUGUGAAAGUACAAGAUCAUCUCAACUCUUUACGAAACUGUGGGGGAGAUGCUGUCCAGGAAGAUCUAAAAGCAGCAGAAAGGCUCAUGCGUGAUGCUAAGAACUCUAAAACGUUGUUACCAAAUUUAUACCACGCUGGUGGUGCAUCUUGGGCGGGAGCCAGUGGCUUGUUAUCCAGUCCAAUUCAGGAGACCCUGGAAUCGAUGGCCGGAGAAGUUACGAGAGUUGUAGAUGAACAACUCAAGGCGUUGCUUGAGUCCAUGGUUGAUGCUGCCGAGAAUCUUUGUCCCAAUGUGAUGAAAAAAGCCCACAUUCGGCAAGACUUGAUUCAUGCCAGCACUGAGAAGAUUUCCAUCCCACGUGCCUUUGUUAAAAAUGUCCUGUUGGAGCAGUCUGGAAUUGAUAUCCUUAACAAAAUUAGUGAAGUGAAGUUGACAGUGGCCUCCUUCCUAUCUGAUCGAAUCGUGGAUGAAAUUCUGGAUGCACUUUCACACUGCCAUCACAAACUGGCCGACCAUUUCAGCAGACGUGGCAAGGCCCUUCCUCAGCAAGAUUCCUUGGAGAUCGAGCUGCCUGAGGAGAAGCCCGUUAAACGCUCCAUCGUCAUGGUGGAGGAGCUCACAGAGAUAGAACGUUUGGAAGAUCUGGAUACUUGUAUGACUCUCUGCUGUACAAGUAUGACGCCUAAAUCCAAAAGGAAGACUAUUCAUAGCCGGAUGCUGCGGCCUGUCUCCAGGGCAUUUGAAAUGGAAUUUGACCUUGAUAAAGCCCUGGAAGAAGUGCCAAUUCACGUUGAAGACCCGCCUUUCCCAUCCAUCAGACAAGAGAAACAGAGCUCGGGGUUUAUCUCUGACUUGCCGUCCGAGGAAGGAAAGAAGCUGGAGCACUUUACCAAGUUAAGACCAAAACGGGCUAAGAAGCAGCAGUCCACGCACGCAGCGGGCUGUGCUACCAGCCUAGUCUCCCAAGAUGGUGAACAGAAUGGUCUUAUGGGGAGAGUGGAUGAAGGUGUAGAUGAAUUUUUCACCAAGAAGGUGACCAAAAUGGAUUCCAAGAGAGGGUCAGCAAGAGGCUCAGAGUCCCAUGAGCUUAGUGAAGGAGGAGACGAGAAGAAAAAGCGGGACUUUCGGAAAAGUGGCUUUCUCAACUUACUCAAACCCCGGACCAAACCUGAGCGGUCACCAACGGUCUUGAUGACAGAAGAACUCUCCUCUCCAAAGGCAGGAGUCAGCAGUCCAGCUGUGGACACCCCCAGGAAGGACACGAAGCCAGCCGAGCACAAUGGCAGUGCUGAUCGGGUAGAGGAGAUCAAAACACCUGACUCCCUAGAAGAAAGUCAAGGGGAAGACGUGGGGAAGGUGGACCGGAGUGAGAGCAAGGGCAGCCCCCAAGGAGGGCGAAGGUACAGGGUCCAAGUGAUGGGCAGCGGGCUGCUGGCAGAGAUGAAGGCCAAGCAGGAGAUGAAAGCCAAGGCUGCUUGCUCACUGAAGAAACUUGGAAAUGAUGCCAUCUCCCAGGAUUCUUCCAGCCUGGCCUUGAGCAGCACAGAACGGUUGGAUGGAGGUGGGGCAGUGCCUAAAGUGCAUCCAGAGAACCGCUUCGGUUUGGGAACACCAGAAAAGAACACCAAAGCAGAGCUCAAGGUGGAGGCGGGCUCCAGGUCCCGGAGCCUUUCCAGCAGGCCCACCAGCCCGAAGCCCCUCCUGCAGUCCCCCAAACCCAGCCUGUCGGUGCGGCCCACCAUCCCGCAGAAACCGAGAACCGCCUCGCGGCCUGAGGACAUCCCAGACUCUCCAUCCAGCCCGGAUUCCCCUAAAGUCGCUCUUCUUCCGCCUGUCCUGAAAAAGGAGAGAGAUAGCCAGGGCAGCCCACAGCCCAGUCCCAGGACGUUUUCCCGGGAAGUAGUGCAAAGAGGAGAUUAUUACAAAAGGCAUUCAGAUCAUGACAGUGGCAAGCCUUCCAGUAGAGGGAAAAGACCUUCAAAACUGUACUCCACCAUUGCAGAAGAGGAAGUGAAUGCAAUUGGGCACAGGAGGUCACAGCCAACAAAUGUGUCCAGGAGAAGCUGGGGCCAGCAGGCCCAGGAGUGUCAAGAACAAAAGCAGUGGUCCUCCAGUAAAGAUGGCCAGCAAGGCAGCAAAUCCAGUGACUCUGGGGAAGAAGCAGAAAAAGAGUUUAUUUUUGUGUAACGGUCACCCACGUAGAAGUCUUACCAUGCGGGGUGCGUUUGCUGGCCAUCAGAGAGGAACCAAGGGCAACACCUCUUCCUACUUCCUAAGCAUCUUCUCUUGGUGCUUUUUCCUUUGUCCUUCCCCACCCCACCCCCCCUCACCAAAACUGAAACAGAUCCAUCUCUCGGUAAUCAAAGCACAUGUCUGAUCUUCUCCCAACCCUUAGCAUUUGAUUUCUAUGCAUUCCUUCAUAUGCCUUCAGUGAAUGCCAGCAAUUAUCCCAUGGGCCCUACUUGAAUUUCUCUGAGGCAGCUACAGUUUGCCCUGUAAGAUGAGUUGUGGGAGGUAAACAAAGUAACUGGACACAAACUCACAAGUAACACCAUCCAGCUGACCCUGGGGUACUGCUGCACGUACCUGUGUCAAAUCUGCACUUGACUUGAUAGAGCAAUUUAUUCUUGAUGUAUGCAAUUGCACACUGUAAUUAUAUUAACAGAGCACACUAAUAAUUUGUAUAAAUUAUAUAUAUUAGAUCUUGGGUAUGGUUUUUGCAUUCUCCCAUGGGGAACUCCUUCCUUCCCGAUGUGGAAUUGUACAUUUUAACUUGGUCUGGUGACCUUUGUGAUACCAUCAACAAGCGAGUUAAGAACCGAGUGAAAGGCCCGUGGCUGAUUCUACCAUGUGCCCAGAUUAAUGUAUAUAGUUGACUGGAAUGAGGUUUUAUGAAUAUUCGUGUUUUUUGAAGGCCUUUAAUUUCUGUCUGCAUAUUAGCUUUUAACGUGUGAUUAAGAGAGACUACUUUGACACCUGUAAAAAAAAUCAAACUACUACUUUUGAAGACAUUUCACAAAUAUUCACUUACAUACGCGCUGAAGGUAUUUUAUGCAUAUGUAUAUUUAUACCAAUAAAAUGAUUUUACAAGUGGAA